AUGUCGCAACAACCAAUUUCGAUCGUUGUAAAUAAUAAACGUAUGAGCUUGAUGGGGUCAAUGUUUUUACCUGCGCCACCUCCACCUUUCUUCGAAUCUAAGGAGCAAGAAAAUUUUAAACUAUGUAAGGUAAACCCGAAUAAUGGAGUUUACCUUCCGCCAACACCAAAUGAAAAAUCCGGACAUGAGGAAUGGCAUGAUAUUCAUCGAGACGAGGAUUAUUUCUCUUUCCCUGCGACUUAUUUAGCUGAAUCCCGUACAAAACAUUCCACUCACGCAUUUGCUAGAUUAGAGACAACCAAAGAAAAUAAUAAACCAUUUAUACAAGAUACAACUUCAGAUCUACCGAAAACCACUUUACAUGAUGAUAAUUUAGUACUACAAUUAGAAGACGCAACCAUACCUCCAAUAUCGCCAUCGCUAUCAUGCUCAACUUCCUCCUCAACUUCUGGAGAAUCUGAUAUCGAUGAUUUAAACCAGGAAAAUUCUACCGCUAUCCAUAACAAACAUCAAGUAUUGAAAAAACGUUCAACUAGUGAUUUUGAUUCUUAUGUAUCUGAAUUCAUUCAGCAUAGUGGUUAUUCCUUUAAAGGAACAAAGAAGCCGAAUUCCCCUUCCAUUUUCAAAAGUUUCUUUUAA